CUUGAGCUAGGGCCUAGGGGUUGAAGUUGUUGGAUUUUGGUGAUGGAGGAUAUUGGUUUGGUUAAGCAAGGUUGGAAAUGGAUGCAAUCUCAGAAACACAUGUGCUCGGAUGCUUGUUCUGCGAUGCGAUGUUUCGGGGAGAAGAUAGGAGGGCUUGUGGAGCGUCACUGGCCAUUGGUGUGUAGUGGAUGUGGGAAGCUAUUAGGGUUGCUUCGCUUGUCAAUUCUUUAUUGGAAAGACUGCAUUUUUAGGGGUUUCCAUUGCAGCGCCAAAUUGGGUUCAGCUGCUUUGCUUCUGAUAAUGUGGAGUUGCUUCCUUAGCUUGACUUCCUUUUCUUGCUUGGUUUAUGUUCUCCUCAGUAUGGGAGCUGCUGCAGCUGUUGUUCUGAACUUGGGUUGCACUCCUGGGCUCUUUAUUGUAGGACUAUUUGGAAUUUUGAUUUUAUGGAUGUAUGCAAACUUUUGGAUCACUGGAACAUUGUUUAUAGUCGGAGGCUAUUUAUUCUCCUUAAAUCAUGCCCGCGUGGUGGUUCUAAUGGCGGGAUUAUAUGCUAUGUAUUGUGUCAAAGUCAGACUUGGAUGGCUUGGUCUUUUCCUCUCAAUAAAUCUUGCUUUCUUGUCCAACGAUAUAUUAAAUUGUCUUCUUCAAUGGUGUGACAAUCUAAGUGAAAAACCACAACACGAGGAACCAAAGAAACCGAAAGAAACAAUCAUAGAAGAAGAUUAUUCAGGGGAAUUUGAGUAUCCUUCAGUUCCUGUCGAAGAUGAAACCGAGACAAAGAUUCACGAGAAUAAGUCGUCUGCUAAACCAACUGCGCCUUCUACUGUUGUUAAUACCGUAAAGGAGAUUUCUAGUGUUAAAAUAGUCAAAAUAGAAGAAUCAAGCUCAGCUGAUGAAAUGAAGAGAAUACUGAAUAGUUUGAAUCAUUAUGAAGCACUGGGGAUCCCUCGGCAUAAAAAGCUCGAUGCUGCGGUGCUUAAGAAAGAGUAUAGAAAGAAGGCAAUGUUGGUUCAUCCCGAUAAAAAUAUGGGGAGUCCAUUGGCAAGUGAAUCAUUCAAGAAACUUCAAAGUGCUUACGAGGUUCUUUCUGAUUUCGUAAAGAAAAGAGAUUACGAUGAGCAAUUACGGAAAGAAGAAUCUAGGACUAGGAGUGUUUGUCAGACAUCUCAUGCUUCUUCGCAUCAGAGUGGUCCUGAUUAUCGAUCAGAAGAGUCUAGGCGGAUACACUGUACAAAAUGUGGCAAUUCACACAUAUGGAUAUGUACCAAUAGGACAAAAGCAAAGGCAAGAUGGUGCCAGGAUUGUGGCCAAUAUCAUCAAGCGAAAGAUGGAGAUGGAUGGGUAGAACUCAAAGGGACAUUACCCUUCGAGAGAGCACAUAAGAUUGAAAUACCGCGUGCUUUUGUUUGCGCGGAAAGCAAAAUAUUUGAUGUCUCAGAAUGGGCCAUUUGUCAGGGAAUGGCUUGUAGACCAAACACGCAUAGACCAAGCUUUCAUGUGAACAUGGUUGGGUUGGAGAAGACAACACAAAGAUCAAACUCAAGUAGGUUCCCUUGGGAUCUCGAUGUGGAGAUGAUGGAUGAGGAUGAAGAAGAGUUUGAGCUAUGGCUUCAACAAGCUCUUGCUUCAGACUUUGAAGACGAUGAGACACCAACUUCUACCACUAGAAAUUCUCAGUUGCUCCGUAUAGCUUCCGUUGAGGUUGACAAUGAGGUGGCUCCAGUGCCAAGCAAGAAACCGGCUUCAGAAAUACCAACACCUCAAUUUGUUAUUGUGGAUACAUAUGAAAGGGAUUAUUCUCCUACUUUUGGUCAGCCUGCUUCUUAUCUACGAGCAAGAGGAGCUCGGUCUGAGCUUGGAGAAUUUGUGGAGUAUGAUCUUGACAAUGAGGAUGAAGACUGGCUUUAUGAGUUUGAUAAGGAUAAGAAAGAACUUCCACCUGAAAAGCUUGAGAGCAUUAUUUUUAAACUAGAGGUGUUGGAUCACAAGACGCGGGAAAGAGCUGGAGUUAUUACACCUACUCUCGGGUCUCCGGUUCCUGUGCUUUUGCAGUUUGAUGCUGCUUCUGAUGCACUGCAUUUACUGUCCAUUAAUUAUGGAAUCUUCCAGGCGAUCUUCAACUACUGGAAAGAAAAGCGCAAAAGAUGGCAGAAGCCUAUCUUGCGGCGCUUACAGCCUCCCCCACCGGUUAAUGACACCAAUCCCUAUAAUGUGUUUAGGCCGAGGGAGAAAGUUCACAGACUCCACACAAGAAGGAUGCAGAGGAGAGAAAACAAUGUCCAGUCAUUUGAAAAGCUUCGGCAGGUUAGACGCAAUCUAGGGCAAGCACAGACCAUUCUGGAGGCUCUCAUUAAGAGAGAAGAGAAGAAGAGGGAUGUCAUGGACAGUGAGGUUAGCCUUCAGAGAAUCCAACUCCAAUACAGGCAUGAAACAGAGCUCUUGGAAGAUAGCUUGGCUCUGCCUGGAUUUCCACCCACUACAACAUCAUACAAAUUUGGCUCAAGCGAUGAUGAACUGAUGGACUCAGAUGAUCACACCAGUACUCGUGUACGCACAAGACCUGCCAUAAUCCCUAAUUCUCGUUUCACCAACUUAAAUCUGAAUGCAUCUCAACCCGGGGGCAUCAAACAAGAAGUUAGAAGACGACAAUCGCAGAAUGGAUGGCUUCACAGACUGGAUCCUAAUGAACCGGUCAUGCUGUUCACAAAACCGCUGGUUCCCGAUAAACUGGCAGCUGCAGGGAUCGUUCCUCCGACACCGGAUUCAUCGCCAGGUCAACCUCCAAGUCGGUCACUGAAUACUCUCCGUGCUCGACAUCUCGUUUUUUCAGGGCAAGCUUUGCAGGGAUCUCAUCUUUCUAGACUGCAGUCCCGUGGUAUAUCUUAUGGCACCAACAAAGAUGAUGAAGAAGCAGAGCAACUUUCUAAGGAAAUCUCCAAGGACUGGAAUACUGUCUUUGAACGGAGCAUAAACACCCUCUUUCUCACUGAAAUGGUCCGCGGUUUGUCGCUGACCCUCAAGUACUUCUUUGAUCCCAAAGUUACUAUCAAUUAUCCAUUUGAGAAGGGUCCACUGAGCCCUCGCUUCCGUGGUGAACAUGCUCUUCGGAGAUAUCCUACCGGGGAAGAACGCUGCAUUGCCUGCAAACUCUGUGAAGCUGUAUGUCCAGCUCAAGCAAUCACAAUAGAGGCAGAGGAGAGGGAAGAUGGAAGCCGCAGAACCACUAGGUAUGAUAUCGACAUGACAAAAUGCAUCUACUGUGGUUUCUGCCAAGAAGCUUGCCCCGUUGAUGCAAUCGUCGAAGGACCUAACUUUGAAUUCGCAACCGAGACACACGAGGAACUUCUCUAUGACAAAGAAAAGCUUCUUGAGAAUGGAGAUCGAUGGGAGACUGAGAUCGCUGAGAAUCUGAGGGAUUUGUUGACCUGCUUGAUCCUAAUUUCUAACCUCGCUUUUGGUUUGAGUUCACACGUGCCGCAUCGGCUGUUCACCGACUUUGUUUCCAUUGUGCAGAAUCCAAUCAUCGUAAUAUCACUAGCAACCGGACAGUCUAAGGACAAGGCGACGGAGACUGAAGAGAUUACUAUGAAUGUUCAGGCUCACAUGUCGGGACAGAUGUCUGGGCAGGUUCCGAACCAAGGGACCAUGUCCCAGCAAAAUGGGAACUCCCAAAUGCAGAAUUUAGUUGGUGGUGGUGCAGCUCCUGCUGGUACUGGUUUAGGACCUUCACGUGUUUCUCCUGUUGACAAUGACAUCUUGAAACUUCGGCAGGCCAUGCGAAUCAGGAUAUUCAAUAUCUUACAGCAAAAACAACCAUCUCCAGCUGAUGAAGCAUCAAAGGCAAAAUAUAUGGAUGUUGCUAGACGCUUAGAAGAGGGGCUGUUUAAAAUUGCUAACACAAAGGAAGAUUACGUGAACCAGUCAACCCUUGAACCUCGGCUGGCAAGUCUAAUCAAAGGCAGGCAGUUAAAUAACUACAAUCAGCGACACGCUAAUUCUUCUUCUGUUGGAACAAUGAUACCCACUCCAGGAUUACAACACACUGGGGGGAAUCCAAAUCUGAUGAUUACUUCCUCAGUAGAUGCUACAAUGGCUGGAAGUAAUAACAUCACAACUAGUGCUAUGAACAAUGGAAACCUAUUAAAUUCUGGUGGCUUGCUCGGAGGUAACCUGUCUAAUGGAUACCAGCAUUCAUCGAGUAACUUUGGUCUUGGUUCUGGAGGGAACAUGUCAUCCAUGAGCUCCCAGAGAAAUACUGGCCAGAUGAUGCCUACCCCUGGAUUUGUCAACAGUAGUACUAAUAACAACAGCAAUAAUGGCCAGUCUUACUUGAAUGUUGAAGCUUCCAACAAUAGUGGUGGAUUUUCUGCUGCUCCCAUGAUGGUACCUCAGACUCAGCAGCAGCAGCAACAACAACUGAGGCAGGAUAUUGGUGGCCAAAAUAGUCGUAUGCUGCAAAACCAUGGAAGUCAAAUGGGUGUUGGCCUUAGACCUGGACUGCAACAAAAAAUGGCUAAUGUGUCUAACAGCUCCAUAAAUGGUGGUGUUGGAAUGAGUGGAAAAAGCGUAGAUCCAGGUACAUCGUACACCAAUCCUACCAGAAAUUCACAGCAGGCUUAUGAUAACCUUCAGCGUCCAGGAAUGCAGGGUGAAGGAUAUGGCACAAACAACUCUGACCCAUUUGGAUCGGGAAAUUUGUAUGGUGCUGUAACAUCUGUUGGGAUGAUGACAAAUACUCAGAAUGCCAAUACAGCAAGUUUCCAGUCUGUACCUAGAACUAGCUCUUCUUUGUCCCAUCAACAGCAGCAGUUUCAGCAACAGCCUAAUCGGUUUCAGCAACAACCUAAUCAAUUUCAGCAACAGCAGCAGCAGUUUCUUCAUCAACAGCAAUUGAAGCAGCAAAGCCAGCAGCAACAGAGAUUUAUAAGUCACGAUGCUUUUGGGCAAAAUAAUGUGGCUUCUGACAUGGUUACUCACGUUAAACAUGAACCUGGAAUGGAGAACCCUAGCGAGUCUAUCCACUCUCAAACUCCUGAGCAAUUUCAGCUUUCUCAGUUUCAGAAUCAAUACCAGAACAAUGCAGAAGACCGUCAUGGAGGUUCUCAGAUCCUCCCUGUCACAAGUCAGAGUGAUAUGUGCACAUCAGUUCCUCAAAAUAGCCAACAGAUACAGCAGAUGUUGCACCCGCAGAGUAUGGCUUCAGACUCUAUUAACGGUUUCAGUAACCUCUCUGUUGGAGUGAAAACAGAAUCCGGGAUGCAUGGUCACUGGCAAUCUCAGUCACAGGAACAUACUCAAAUGUCUAAUAGUAUGUCGAAUGAACGGCACAUUCAGGAGGAUUUCCGGCAAAGAAUGUCUGGAACGGAUGAAGCUCAGCCCAAUAAUAUGUCUGGAGGCUCGAUUAUAGGUCAAAAUCGUGUCUCCACUACUUCGGAAUCCCUUAAUCCCCAAAAUCCUACUAAUACCACUUGUAGAUAUGGAAACGGAAACCGGGAUCCGAGAUUCAGAAAUCAACAGAAAUGGCUCCUCUUUCUACGCCAUUCUCGCAACUGCAAAGCGCCUGAAGGGAAGUGUCCCGACCGAAAUUGUGUUACGGUUCAGAAGCUCUGGAAACACAUGGACAGUUGUGCUACACCUCAAUGUUCAUAUCCUCGUUGCCGCCCCACAAAGACAUUGAUUAAUCACCAUCGAAAUUGUAAGGAACCUAACUGCCCUGUCUGUAUUCCUGUGAAGGCCUACCUACAGCAACAGGCAAAUGCACGGUCCCUUGCUCGUUUGAAAAAUGAAACCGAUGCGGCCAGGUCAGUGAAUGGUGGAGGAAUAUCAAGUGAUACUGUACAAACCUCUGCUGGAGCAAUAUCUUGUGCUUCGCCUGGUGCUGCUAUUUCAGAUCAUUUGCAACCUUCAUUAAAACGGUUGAAGGUGGAGCAGUCUUCUCAACCUGUGGAUGUUGAGACAGAAAGUUGUAAGAGCUCAGUUGUUUCCGUAACAGAAGCACAAUCAUCUCAGUACGCUGAAAGAAAAGAUCAUAAGCACAGUGAUGUACGUGCACCUUCAAAGUAUUUUGAAGUGAAAGCUGAGGUUUCUGAUGUUUCUGUCCAGACACGACCCGGAUUCAAAGAGACAAAAAUUGGAAUUGCUGAAAAUAUUCCCAAGCAGAGGCCUGUCAGUCAACCUGAUAAACAAGAUUUGUCUGAUGUCUCACCUAAGCAAGAGAAUACCAAAGUGGAGAAAGAACCUGAAUCACUUAAGAAAGAAAAUCUGGCAGAGUCUACUGAACAUACAUCAAAAUCUGGAAAACCAGAGAUAAAGGGUGUUUCAUUAACUGAAUUGUUCACUCCUGAACAAGUGAGAGAACAUAUCCGUGGUCUCCGUCAGUGGGUUGGCCAGAGUAAAGCCAAAGCAGAAAAGAAUCAGGCAAUGGAGCAUUCAAUGAGUGAGAAUUCCUGUCAACUAUGUGCAGUGGAGAAGCUUACCUUUGAGCCACCACCUAUUUAUUGUACCCCUUGUGGUGCUCGCAUCAAGAGAAAUGCUAUGUAUUACACCGUAGGGGCUGGUGACACUCGUCAUUACUUUUGUAUUCCAUGUUAUAAUGAAUCUCGUGGGGACAAUAUACUCGCCGAAGGGACGCCUAUACCUAAGGCAAGACUCGAGAAAAAGAAAAAUGAUGAAGAGACUGAAGAAUGGUGGGUCCAAUGUGAUAAAUGUGAGGCGUGGCAGCAUCAGAUAUGUGCUUUAUUUAAUGGGCGAAGGAAUGACGGAGGGCAGGCUGAGUAUACCUGCCCAUAUUGCUUUAUAGCAGAAGUGGAGCAAAGUAAGAGGAAGCCUUUACCUCAGAGUGCUGUUCUUGGAGCUAAAGACCUACCGAGAACAAUUCUCAGUGACCAUAUAGAGCAGCGGUUGUUUAAGAGGCUAAAGCAGGAAAGAACAGAGAGAGCCAGGGCUCAAGGAAAAAGUUAUGAUGAGAUUCCCACUGCCGAGUCCCUUGUGAUUAGAGUUGUUUCAUCUGUUGACAAGAAGCUGGAAGUCAAACCUCGAUUUCUUGAAAUUUUUCGGGAGGAUAGUUACCCAACAGAAUUUGCAUACAAGUCCAAGGUAGUUCUGUUGUUUCAAAAGAUUGAAGGCGUAGAAGUAUGCUUAUUUGGGAUGUACGUCCAAGAAUUUGGUUCUGAAUGCGCAUUUCCCAAUCAACGCCGAGUGUAUCUCUCGUAUUUGGAUUCAGUCAAGUACUUCAGACCCGAGGUGAGAUCUUAUAACGGAGAAGCUCUGCGUACUUUUGUUUACCACGAAAUUCUGAUCGGCUACCUAGAAUACUGUAAGUUGCGUGGUUUCACGAGCUGCUACAUAUGGGCUUGUCCGCCGCUGAAGGGCGAGGACUAUAUCUUAUAUUGUCAUCCAGAAAUUCAGAAGACGCCAAAAUCUGAUAAACUGCGAGAGUGGUACUUAGCAAUGUUGAGAAAAGCUUCAAAGGAGGGCAUUGUUGCAGAAACUAUAAAUCUAUAUGACCAUUUUUUUAUGCAAACUGGUGAAUGUAGAGCUAAGGUUACAGCAGCUAGGCUCCCGUAUUUUGAUGGUGACUACUGGCCAGGUGCAGCGGAGGAUCUUAUAUACCAAAUGAGUCAAGAAGAAGAUGGAAGAAAGGGAAAUAAGAAAGGAAUGCUCAAGAAAACCAUUACCAAAAGGGCUCUAAAAGCUUCUGGUCAGACUGAUCUAUCUGGGAAUGCGUCCAAGGAUCUGCUGCUAAUGCAUAAACUCGGUGAGACCAUUCACCCGAUGAAGGAGGACUUUAUAAUGGUCCACUUGCAACCUUCUUGCACUCAUUGCUGCAUACUGAUGGUAUCUGGUAAUCGUUGGGUCUGCAGCCAGUGCAAACACUUCCAGAUAUGUGACAAGUGUUACGAGGCUGAGCAGAGACGUGAAGACAGGGAAAGGCAUCCUGUUAAUUUUAAGGAUAAACAUGCGUUGUAUCCCGUUGAGAUUAUGGAUAUUCCUGCAGAUACGAGAGAUAAAGAUGAAAUACUCGAAAGCGAGUUUUUCGACACUAGGCAAGCAUUUCUGAGUCUUUGUCAAGGGAACCAUUAUCAGUAUGACACGUUGAGGCGGGCAAAACAUUCGUCCAUGAUGGUCCUUUAUCAUCUACAUAACCCAACCGCUCCUGCCUUUGUCACGACCUGCAAUGCGUGUCAUCUUGACAUUGAAACUGGUCAAGGCUGGCGCUGUGAAGUAUGUCCAGACUACGAUGUGUGCAAUUCCUGUUACAGUAGAGAUGGUGGAGUUAAUCAUCCUCACAAGUUGACUAAUCAUCCAUCUUUAGCUGAUCAAAAUGCUCAAAACAAAGAAGCAAGGCAGUUGCGAGUCUUGCAGCUUAGGAAAAUGCUUGAUCUUCUGGUACAUGCAUCACAAUGUCGUUCGCCACAUUGUCAAUAUCCUAAUUGCCGGAAAGUGAAGGGGCUGUUCCGACAUGGUAUACAGUGCAAAGUACGUGCUUCGGGAGGGUGUGUUCUAUGCAAGAAAAUGUGGUAUCUCCUGCAACUCCAUGCUCGGGCCUGCAAGGAGUCGGAGUGCCAUGUACCUCGUUGCAGGGACCUGAAGGAACAUCUGAGAAGAUUACAGCAGCAAUCAGAUUCACGGCGAAGAGCAGCUGUAAUGGAAAUGAUGAGACAAAGAGCUGCAGAAGUCGCUGGGGGCUCAGCGGCUGUUCGUAUAUCCACGGCCACGAUCGGAGCCAUAGCGGCGGCGGUUAUGAUGGCUGCUGUGUCUGUGGCUUCUGCAGAGCUUCCUCCGCCUCCGCAAGACGGAGAAACGUUAUCGAACAUACCGCAAACGCUGUCAGGCGAAGACUGUAAGAAACAGAGGAUUCAACGACCAAAAUCCAAAAACGCAGAGAAAUGUACUGUCAAAUGCGUCAACACUUGCAUUCGAAGCGGAGACGGAGAAGGACCGAUCAAUAUCAGAAGGCCAUUAGUGGUAUUCAAGCAAGGAUUUCGUAGCCGUAACUACUGCUUAGUGGAAUGUUCGGAUAUUUGCAAUUUGAUCGGAGAUGGUGACUAUGACCCGACUUUCAACUACGACGUUUUGGGUCUCAUCGACGGCAGAUCCGAAGACUACGAUCCCUGCAACUGGGUCGGUUGCACAUGCGACCCUGCCUCCAACCGGGACUACGAGGAAGCGGAGGAGCUAGGGGAGGAGGAGGGUGGUGACGAUGAUGAGGUUGAUACUCAAUUGCGGCGGUUGUGGAUGAAGAUGGAAGAAGAGACGGUGGUGGAACAGAGGAGGAAUCGUCAGGUUCACGGCGGUGGAAGUUACGGUGACAACCACAAGCUGCACACUUGUGAAGUUGGAUCGGAAGGUGUUGAAGAAGGAGACGGCAUGAAUUCUCCGCAACCGUCAAGCGCGUGACCACCAAUCGCCGCCGAAGAAGAAUAAGAUUCGGUUGGGUUG